AUGUAUAGAAACAGUCCGAUGGAUUCCGAACAGAAAAGUGUUCAACACAGCUAUGCAUCAGUUCAGCAUUCGACACACCAUGCUGUUAGGUCCAUAAGUGAGAGUUCGGAGACGGAACUCCUUCCUCAAGUUAGCAGGAAAAAUGGUCGAACAUGCUGUUGUAGGAUUGAUCACGUGAUUUUAUAUAUGGUUAUCACAUGUAUAGCUAUCUGCAUUGUACUAUCGGCAUGCGUUGCAUUUCUCUUCUCAGAAGUAGCAGAUAUCGAUGGAAAGAUUGAAAGAUUCGGAAAGAAAAACGAAGUCAAAGAGACUAUUUGUCAGCAAUGUAAUGAACUAAAAACUGGUCCACUAGAUGAUGACGACCCUAAUCUCCUUGAGCUUGACAGAAAAGGAGACAUCUGCUGUGCAUCAUCGCCAAAACAAAUUCGAAUAAUCGUGGAAAUGAUGUAUCAAAGACAGAAAAUGAUUUCUGACAUCGCCGAUGAUAAAAAAUCCAACCAAUCCGAAUGCUGCAAUCACACGACUCCUUCAUCUGCUAACAUGGCGACCUCUGGCGGCGUAUCUGCCCAUCUGCUUGUUGGUUUACAACGUCUGAAAACAACUCGGAACGGACAACAACCUAUUCGGAAUUGGCAGACACGGGACCCAUCCGCCCACGUCGAAGGUUUAAGACUUAUCAAAGACAAACUGGUGAUUCCUCAGAAAGGUCUAUACUUGAUUUACAGUCAGAUUUGUUUUUCUGUACGUGAUACUGGUGAUUUUAUACACGGUAAUAUCCCCGUUCUGUAUCAUUACGUGUAUCGCUUCAACGUCAUCUAUCCUAAUGGCGGGACACAACUCUUGUUAAGAAGUGUCAACGCCGAGAAGAUUCAACCAUCCUGGGAAUUUGGUGACCUCACGAGCUACACGUCUGCAGCACUGAUAUUUGAAAAAGGUGAUCAGGUGUACGUCCAAGUCUCUAAUACUUCGUUUGUAUCACGUGAUCCAAAGGCAAGCUUCUUCGGCAUUGUCAAAUUAAAUUGA